UUAUCCACGAAUCCAUUAAAUAAGCCCAUUAAUCUUUCCAUUCAAAGAAAACAAUCCUUGUAUCAGCCCAUUAUUAUAUAUCCGGAAUUCCGAAUCAAUCUGUUUAAUACUUUCCCAAUCUAAUUCUUUAAUUUAUAAAUUUGAAAUCAAAUUAGUAAAUUUUCUAUAUAAAUACUCUUCUGUUUGAAUUGCGCCUCUUCCUCUUACAGCAAUUGGAAAUGGAUGAAGAACGUAGGAUGUCGACUAGAGCUCGUAAAGUUGCACCAAAAAUGGCAGCUGCACUUGCCAGCAGUGAUAAUCGAACGCAGGCAAUUCUUGCUCGUCUAGAAGCGCUGGAGAAUGAUAAUCCUGGAGCCGAAGUUGUAGCACCUAAUGAUGAUGAUGACGAUGAAGCCUCUCUUGAUGAGGACGAUGAUGAUCAAGUGUUCCAUAAAAAGCAAGCCAAAGGUACUAAACGUAAAACACGUCAGGCCAAAGCACUGGAGACUGCAAAGAGAGCCCCACGGACAUUUCUUGAGCUCUUGCAUGAUGCAAAUAUGGAAUCCCUGCCUCCUCAUGUUCCAUCCUAUCUAAGAGCAGCAGUUGGUCCGCCGAGCUCCACCUGUCGCCGCCAUUUUUGCACCGUCUGUGGUUUCUCUGCUAAAUAUACCUGCGUAAGAUGUGGGAUGCGUUUCUGUGCAGUCCGUUGCCAGAAUAUUCAUAACGAUACACGCUGUCAGAAAUUUGUUGCCUAGAUAAUAUCAAGCGAUAGCAAAGUAGACAUGUAAUGAUAUUUAUACCUCUCUAAGUUAACUGCGACUUAGAUUUUCGAUGUAUUUCUGAAACCAAACUUUGCAAUGUAAUCAUUCAAUCUUGACAUUGUAAGGAACACUAUCAAGACCAGCUUGAGGAUAGGCCAAUGGCCAUGUGUGUUUUUUGUCAA